GAUUGGCGGUGUUGGGUGCGGGCUUGUCAUGGCGCUGGAGACUCUGUCGCCGGACUGGGAGUUCGACCGCGUCGACGACGGCUCUCAGAGGGCCUUCAUCCCAAACCCCAGUGAAUGAGGAGGGACCACUGUAGAACGGUUGCAGGGAAACUAGAAAUCCAUGUUGAAGUCCAAUUGAAGAAUUAUGAGAAAUUUCUGGCGGCAUAUACUUCCCAGCUGAAGAGAAUUGAAGAUGCAUUGGAUGACUCCAUAGGAGAUGUCUGGGAUUUCAAUCUUGAUCCCAUUGCAUUAAAUCUUUUGCCUUAUGAACAGUCUUCCUUACUUGAGCUCAUAAAGACAGAAAACAAGGUUCUAAACAAAGUUAUCACUGUGUACGCUGCCCUGUGCUGUGAAAUCAAAACAUUAAAGUAUGAGGCAGAAACAAAAUUUUACAAUGGCAUCUUGUUUUAUGGAGAAGGAGCUGUGGAUUCUAGCAAAGUGGAAGGAGAUAGCCAAAUUCAGAUGGGAAGAUUUAUUUCAUUUUUACAGGAACUCUCUUGCUUUGUGACACGGUGCUAUGAAGUAGUGGUGAAUGUAGUUCACCAGUUGGCUGUCCUUUAUACUAGUAACAAGAAUGCACCCAAAGUUAUAGAGACAUCAGGAGUUCAUUUUCAGGCUAUGUAUGAACAUUUAGGGGAGCUCCUGACGGUUUUACUCACAUUGGAUGAGAUAAUAAAUAAUCAUGCAGUGCUGAAAGAUCACUGGACUAUGUACAAAAGGUUACUAAAAUCUGUCCAUCACAAUCCUUCUAAAUUUGGAGUACAGGAAGACAAAUUGAAGCCAUUUGAAAAGCUGCUAUUAAAACUAGAAAGCCAGUUACUGGAUGGGAUGAUAUUCCAGGCUUGUAUAGAACAGCAGUUUGAUUGCCUCAAUGGUGGAGUAUCAGUGUCGAAGAAUAGCACUUUUGCUGAGGAGUUUGCACAUAGUAUUCGCACAAUUUUUGCCAAUAUUGAAGCAAAACUAGGUGAACCUUCAGAAAUUGACCAGAGAGAUAAAUACGUAGGAAUUUGUGGACUCUUUGUACUGCAUUUUCAGAUUUUUCGAACUGUUGACAAGAAAUUUUACAAAUCGUUGCUGGACGUUUGCAAAAAGGUUCCUGCUAUCACACUUACUGCUAAUAUAAUUUGGUUUGCUGACUCCUUUCUGUGCCAGAAGAUGCCAGUUGCUGCCAAGCUUCUGGACAAGAAAACCUUUCAAUCAAUUAAGUUAAGCAGAGAAAGUUUUCUACAGCAGAAGGCCCAGUCACUUACCAAAGAGAUGCAGUCAUAUUAUGUGUUUGUUAGCUCAUGGAUGAUGAAAAUGGAAUCUAUUUUGUCAAAAGAGCAACGAAUGGAUAAGUUUUCAGAAGAUCCAACCAACAGGUGCAAUGUUUUUAUACAGGGGUUUCUGUAUGCUUACAGCCUUAGUAACAUCAUUAAAACUACAAUGAAUCUGCACAUGUCCAUGCAGAAGCCAAUGACUAAAACAUCAGUUAAAGCAUUAUGCAGGAUGGUGGAACUUCUUAAAGCAAUAGAACAUACAUUUUACAGAAGAAGUAUGAUUGUUGCUGAUUCAAUCACGCAUAUAAUCCAGCAUCUUCAGCAUCAGGCUCUUAAUGCUAUUGCUGUAGCCAAGAAAAGAGUAAUUUCUGACAAAAAAUACAGCGAACAGCGCCUUGAUGUACUUUCUGCACUUGUUUUAGCUGAGAAUACCUUCAUUGGUCCUAGCACAAAACAGAGGCGGCUCAUUAUUUCUCUUGCUCUCAGUGUGGGCACACAAAUGAAAACAUUCAAAGAUGAAGAGCUUCUUCCUCUUCAAGUAGUUAUGAAAAAGUUGGCCUUAAUUAGUGAACUUAGGGAACGAGUUCAAGCACAAUGUGACUGCUGCUUCCUGUAUUGGCACAGAACUGUUUUUCCAAUUUAUCUUGAUGAUGUCUAUGAAAAUGCAGUAGAUGCUGCUAGAUUACAUUACAUGUUUAAUGCAUUGCGGGAUUGUGUUCCAGCUAUGAUGCACUCAAGGCAUUUAGAAUCCCAUGAAAUUCUUCUAGAAAGUUAUGACAAAGAAAUCAUGGAUGUUUUAAAUAAGCACCUUCUGGACAAAUUAUGUAAAGAAAUAGAAAAGGACCUGCGGCUUUCCGUGCAUACACAUUUAAAGCUAGAUGAUCGAAAUCCAUUCAAAGUUGGCAUGAAGGACCUUGCCCACUUCUUCUCUUUGAACCCAAUUCGCUUUUUUAAUCGGUUUAUAGAUAUCAAAGCUCAUGUGACUCAUUACCUAGACAAGACUUUCUACAAUCUGACCACAGUAGCACUUCAUGACUGGGCCACUUAUAGUGAAAUGAGGAAUUUGGCAACUCAGCGCUAUGGUUUAACUAUGACAGAAGCACAUCUUCCUAGUCAGACUUUAGAACAGGGCCUUGAUGUUCUGGAAAUUAUGAGAAAUAUUCAUGUGUUUGUAUCCCGAUACCUCUACAAUCUUAAUAAUCAGAUCUUCAUUGAGAGAAUCAGCAAUAACAAGCAUCUCAACACCAUAAAUAUAAGGCAUAUUGCUAAUUCUAUUCGAACACAUGGCACAGGAAUCAUGAAUACAACAGUAAAUUUCACAUACCAGUUUCUGAGAAAGAAAUUUUAUAUCUUUAGUCAGUUCAUGUAUGAUGAACACAUCAAAUCCAGGCUGAUCAAAGAUAUCAGAUUCUUUAGGGAAGUUAAGGAUCAAAAUGACCACAAGUACCCCUUUGAAAGAGCAGAGAAAUUCAACCGAGGGAUCAGAAAACUUGGAAUUACACCUGAUGGACAAAGUUACCUUGACCAGUUCAGGCAACUAAUAAGCCAAAUAGGAAAUGCCAUGGGCUAUGUUCGUAUGAUAAGGUCUGGGGGUCUGCAUUGCUGUAGCAGUGCAAUUAGGUUUGUUCCUGAUCUUGAAGAUAUUGUUAAUUUCGAAGAACUUGUGAAAGAGGAAGCUCUCUCAGAAGAUACACAAAAAGCAGCCAGGCAACUGGACUCUGUACUAAGUGAUCUCACACGCAACUCAGCAGAAGGCACAGAGUACUUCAAAAUGCUUGUGGAUGUGUUUGCUCCUGAAUUUCGGAGUCUGAAGAACAUGCAUCUGCGCAACUUUUAUAUAAUUGUUCCCCCACUGGCUCUCAACUUUAUUGAACAUUCAAUCAGCUGCAAGGAAAAACUGAAUAAAAAGAACAAAGCUGGUGCAGCCUUCACUGAUGAUGGUUUUGCUAUGGGUCAUAUCUUGGCCAGAAAAUGUGCCCUUGACUUAUACAUGAGGUCAACUUAUAGUGUAGCUUACAUUCUGAAGCUUUUGAACCAGUAUCAAGAGUUUGAUUCCCUUCACUGGUUCCAGUCGGUACGAGAGAAGUAUGUGAGAGAAAUAAGAGCAUUAGCAAAGCAACAGAAUGUACAGUCAGCUAGCCAAGAUGAAAAGUUGCUACAGACUAUGAACCUUACUCACAGGCGACUUGAAGUUUGUUUGCAGGAGUUUGAACUACUUCAUUUUUCACUAAGUAGUGCAAGGAUCUUUUUCAGAGCAGACAAAACUUCAGCAGAAGAAAAUCAAGAGAAAAAAGACCGAGAAGAAGAAAGUGGAAAAACAAGCAAUGGAGACUUGUCCAAUUCUACAUCUGCAGAACCUGUUGUCAAAUGAGAACCCUGAAAUCUAGAAAGUGAUGGGACCAACUGACAUGGAAUUUUUCAACUUUUCAAUUGGACAGCGAGCCAGAAGUGCUAUGAAAUACAUAAAUUCAACUCAAAAUGUUGUAGUUUAUUCUUUCUGUUCAAAUGUCAUUAAAAUAUACAGCUCACUUUAUAUGAUUUAAGGUGGAAGAACAUCUGUUUUAUUUUGGUUAAAAUGGCUUAAAUUUAAUUCUCUUACAUUUCCUUUGAUUUAAAGUUGACAUCACAUGCUUGGCAUUGUUUUUGUUGCUUGUUUCCAACUGAAGUCCCUCUUUGAAAAUUUGUUAUAAAUAGACCUUUGGAAUCCAAAGAAACUGCCAAAGUAGCAAGUCAACCUUGGUCUUUCAGAGACCAGCACUGUAAAGACAUGUAAAUUUAAGGCACUUUUCAGCUGUAAUAAAACAUACAUUUGUUUCCUUUUUGUCCUCUAACAGGAGAGAAUCGUUCAUUUAGGGCAUCAUAUGUGCCUGAACUGUACAGUGCUAACCAAAUUAGCAUGGUGUUAGUGACAUAUUGUAAAUGUCCAUUCCUAGAGUUUUAACUCAUUUAACGAUACUGCUUCUGUGAGUAUAUACAUAUGUACAGUCACGUAGUUUUAUUUGUGAAUUUGUCAGUUCAUGUAUUCUGAACAUCACAAUGUAGUCACUGAUAGAGGAACAGUUUGGGUUUACAGUAUUAGAGUGGGUAGUGAUAUAUUCCUACUUGUGCCACAGAAUGGGGUCUCCAAUAAAGCCUAUACACUUUGAGACUUCAGAUGUCAGGUUCUGCUACUUGUAAGUAUGGUGGGUUAAAUUGGGACGAGUGGAAUUACAGCCAUAUGAAGCAUGUGAAGAGCAAAAACCAGGAAAAGGGAAUGAUAUGGAAGUAAUCCUUCUUUUACCAUCCUACCUUAUGCUAACCUGUCUUUAACUAUGAAGCAGUAUCUAUGACCAUUUUUCAUACUUUUUGUUUACAGAUGUUAAAAAUAAAGGGAGGCCUUUUUCUGAGAUUCUUAUAUUUUUAGCUGAUGAAGAACCCUUCUUUCCAUGAAGUAUAUAACAGAACUUGAAUCUCCAAACCAUUCCCAUAAGUAAGGUAUUUUCAGAAGAAUGCUGGGAGGUUCCACUGAUUACUAUAUUCAAAAGAGGGGAAAGACCCAUCACACUGAAUUCAGAUGAUUAUCAGAGAGUCAUAAGUGGGCCAGAACAGCAAAACCAUCAACAUACUUUGUACACUUGUGUAUUUGAUUGUCUGGGGUACAGAGUUGAGGUCCUGUUGCAUGUUUUCAUUCAGUUAAGUUGAUCAGUUUCAUCCAAUAGCUAUGCUCAAAUUCUCAGGAAUGAAGGGGACCAAAUAUAACAUGUCUUACUCAUUUUACAAAAAGCUGUUACCUCAGUUUUUGUUCUGUUGAAUAUUCUGUACAUAAUAAUAAAUGAAUCUUUGGAAAGUG